AUGGCGGCUAUGUUCAAACAGCAAAAAUUUCUCCCUGUGGUAAGGAUUAUCGCAUCGUUCGCUACAGACCAAGCUGCUCUGUCCAGGAAUACGUUACGCAUGGACCGGCUCGGCAGGAAAAGAUACCAGUUUGGAGCAGAGCAAACGCGGCGAUACGACAAAUCCUUUGACAAAGGGCUCAACCAGUGGUUUGAAGGAAAAAGAGGAGGCUCAGAAUGGAUCCGACAAAUCCAAGAGUCAGGCCACACAACGGAGCAAAAUCACGAGAACUCGACCAAGAAGAUGAAGGAGGAGUUUCCUGAGGCUCCAGAUCCAAUUAUUGGAAUGACUGAUGAAAGGGGCAAGAUAGUUUUGCUCGGCUUGGGAUUUCUAAAGGUGCUUGAGAAGAAUGUUACCUAG